AUGCCUUCGUUCCGAGACUUGUGCUCGCGACCGCUGCGCUCCCGUUCAGACAAGCGCAACAGCACAGUUGUGCCCAAGCCAGAGGACGACGCGGAGAAGACAAUCGUGGACAGCCAUGGAUUGCCAGACCAUCCCAAGAACUUUGUGGCAUAUCUCAACAGCGAAACUGGCACAGUGACGCAAGAGGUAUUAGGGCCAUUCUUACAAUAUGAACUGACCCUACGUAAAGCCUUUGCGCAGCGCGACGGAUCAAUCGACGACGUGGCGAACCUGGUUCACAUUUAUGCCCCCAAUACUGCUCUGCCAACGUUUCGAAGCAUUGACCGGAAACAUUGUGACCCUGAAAAGUAUCUGAUGCCGUUGGCGAGUGAUUCCUCUGUCACAGACAGGUCCUGUGCCGUUGCGGACUCAUUGGAGGCGUAUCAACGCAAUUUUGAUGCCUUCACUCAUUCGACCCUCUCUAGCAUAGACUGGAGCAACGUCGUCGCGGCUGGCUCGUCCGCCAUGCUCCCGUUGCUUCCUCACAGAACGGACGUCAAAGUUCCCACCGACCCAGCGGUUGAGGACCCCCUAGAGACAUACUACCAACGCACGGCCUCGUCAAGUGAUAUUGACCUCUUUCUCUACGGCCUCACCGAGGAAGCCGCGCUGGCCAAGAUAUCUCAGCUCGAAGCGGCUAUCCGGCGGAACCAGCGUUUGGCAACUGGAUGCGGCCUAACAAUCCGGACAGCCAACGCGGUCACCUUUGUUUCCCCGAGAUGGCCAUUUCGACACGUCCAGGUCAUUCUUCGACUGUACAGGUCCAUCAGCGAAAUCCUGACAGGAUUUGACGUCGACUGCGCCUGUGUUGCGUUCGAUGGGAAACAGGUCUACUCAAAUCCCCGUGGUGUGGCUGCACUUGCAACGAGGACAAACUUGAUCGAUCUCUCCCGCCGAAGUCCCUCAUAUGAGAAUCGACUGUACAAGUACAGAUGUCACCAUUUCGACGCGUACUGGGCCGCCCUCGAUCGCAGCCAGAUCGACCAGUCGCAAUGUGUCCGAACGACAGAGCACCCCCAAGUCGAGGGUCUUGCGCGCCUUUUGUUCUUUGAGAGUCUUGUCAAGAAAUACAAGAAUUCAUACCACCAGAGGCGACGGCUCAAGACGAUCGAUGAGAACGGUCUGCCGACACACAGCGGAUACGCCAUUCUCGAAAUCCCCUACGGUGAGAGGUUCACGGCGAACAAAGUUAGAAAGUUUGUUGCGUUCCACUCAAAGGAGCCGUAUAUCUUUGGCUCAGUCGGCCAAGUGCUCCGCGGGAAAACGUCAGAGGGCAGCAAGAAGAACGUUGCAAAACUUGGUUCCAAGGUUGUCUUUCUAACAGACGACCCCGGGAGGCAGAUGAUCGGGAGCUUCAACCCCAUCACAGAGGAUGACUGGUAA